AUGCUCGUCAUGUUGGCAAGAGCAUUUCCGACUGCUUUUGCGGUGGCUGCAUCUCGAAGGCGCCAGGCCACAGCUGCACUCCUCCUCGACAGCCGCCGCUCCCGCCGUGACCGCUACCUCUGUUGGACCCACCGCCACCUCCCCGGCGACCCAGAUGAUGUUUCCCUAGGACCCACCCCCGCGGCAGCCGUCCCGCCAAUCAGCCACGCACUCGGCCCGCACCCCACCACGCACCGACCAGCCGGCGCGAUGCAGCCGCCGCCGCCAGCGAUAGGGGGUGACCCGCGGGUCGGCGACGGCGCGGCCAACGGCGGGGCGCCGGAUGACGCCGCCGCCGCUGCCGCCGGCGUCCCCGGCGGCGCUGUCGUGUCGCCGGGUGCAAAUCCUGUUCAGGAUCUUGUAGAUCCGGCAUUCGAUUCUCCAUUGCUGGAGCGAACGGAGCAGACGGGUUUCGGCGCCACAGUGGGUUCUGGAGCGGGCGGCCUGGUGGCUGCGGGACUAGGCACAUUGAUCGGCGGCCCGGCGGUCGGCCUUGUCGCCGGUGCCGCCGGCGCCCUGGCAGGUGCGGCGGUUGGCGGCACCGUGGUGGUUUCGGAGCAAAUCGGCAGUGCGGCGGGGGAUCGAGCGGUAGUGAUGUUGGAUGGAAGAGCUGGGGAGCCGUCGUACGGCAACAUCGAAGCAGUGCGGCAGGCGGUGCCCGAGCAGUCCCGGCGGGCGGAGGAGCCCACCAGCGCCAUCAGGGGGCCGACGUCUCCGUCGCCUCCGCCGCCACCUCCACCUCCACCGGCAGGCAGUCGGGAACCCUGA